AUGGGAUUGCACGAUGCGCCCAAAGGACCGAUACAGGCUGGGCACGAUGACCCUCAGAUUGGCGCUUCAGCAUCGGCAUCAACACCCAGCGCUUCCCCAAACCCUUCCGCAUCCGACCCAAUCGCCCAAAGCACUGCCACGCAGUCUACCGACUUUACCUCCCAUCCACCUCCCGCAGCGCCUUUGGCCACUCCGCACGAUCGUCAGCGACCCGAGGCGAACUUUGCGCCUGGGCUGCAAAGAGGAGACUUUGGCGAUUCGGUCAGCAGAAAGGCUGCUGAGGCGGAUAAGCAGCCUUUGCCCUUUCUAGCUACUGCGCUGGGCGUGCUGAAGAAGCCCUCGACUGUGCCGCUCACGAGGGAGGAGAAGAGGGAGCGCUUUGUGGAUCAGGAUCGCAGGAUGGCCAAGCGGAGAGCCAUUGUCAAGGAAGCUACGAGAGGCUACUUCAAUGACUUUCAUGCCACUCGGUCUCACGGAGGCAAGACGUGGAGAGCACCCGGCACGAUGAUCAGGCAUGAUCGCUCACUCUACUUUCCCAGUAUAUCGGGCACGUGUCUGGCAGACAGGUCUACAAAGUCGACGACGGACAUGCUGCAGGGCAAAGUGUCCAUCGUUUCACUCAUCAGCAGCACCAUUUCCGAACAACACACCAAGAGCUUCAACAGCGAGACUCUGCAAGUUUACGACAAUCACCCGAGCUUUCAGCUGGUGCAGGUGAAUCUGCAAGAGAAUGCCUUGAAGAUGUACCUCGUCUCCCUCUUCUUGUCCAACCUGCGCCGACAGACGCCAGCCUCGCAGCACGGCUCCUACAUCUUGUCUCGUCAGAACAUGGAGCUGGAUAGGGAUGCGAUGGGUCUGCACAACAAGCACGUCGGCUACACCUACCUCGUCGGACCGGAUCUCAAGAUACGCUGGGCUGGGUGCGGCUUUGCGGAGGAGGAGGAGAGCAGAGCGCUUUUGAAUUGCACUGCAGUGUUGCUGAGGAGAGCUGAGGAGGCGGAGAAGGAGAAGGCCUCUGCGUAA